AUGAUUCAAGAAUUCCUGAAUGGAAGGAAAAAUAUAUCAAUUAUCAAGCUGGUAAAAAAAUUGGAAGUAUACAAGAAUGAAAAGAUUCAUUCUCUUCCUCAAAAAGCAUCAUUUUUCUUGGGUCCAAGUUCAGGUUCUGAUCAAAUUAUAGAUGCUAAGAAAUUGAAAAUAAAUGAAUUUGUUAAUGAUUGGUUGAUUGAUUGCCAAUUAACUAAUAUUAAUGAUUUCUAUCUAUCUCUAUUAGAUCAAUGUGAAGAACGGUUCAAAGUGUUGGAAAAUCAAUUAUCGAUUUACAACUUACACAUGAAACUCCAUCACGAGGCAACGACAACUUCUCUUUUAACAACUUCUACUUCUUAUGAUUCCAUUCAACAAAUCGCUACUAAUCCAAUUGAAAAACAUCCUCAUAAAAACGUUUGGCAAUGUUGUAAAUCAUUUUUAUUUAAAAAUAAUUUAUUACCUUCAUUACCUAUUUAUUUAGAGACUUGGCUUUUCAAUAAAAAAAAUAAUCUUCCAUUAGAAAAUUGUUCCAUCUUUAAUGAUCAAUUACAUUUGGAUCUUAAAGAUUCUAAAUCAUUAUUGUUGGAUGCAAUUUUGGAAUUUUAUCUUUUCUUACAAUUGAUUAAAGGGUUUAGAACUCUUAAUGUAAUGGGUAUUAGAAAAAUUAUUAAAAAAUUCGAUAAAAUUGUAAAUGCAAACGAACAAUUAUCAUUCUUAUUAAAUUGCCAUAAGGAUUAUCCAUUAUUUUAUCAUCACACAAAUAUUAAAAAACCAGUCACGGGGGCUAACACUCCCAGCACGAUGGAUUCGUUUUUACAAUUAAAACAAAGUUCUUCUCUCUUAUUCAACAAUCUACCUGAGUUACCAACUACAAAUGAUCCAAUUAUUAAAUGGGAAUCUAUUGUGGCUAAAUGGUAUUCGAUAGAUUUAAUAAAUAAAAAUUGCCCUCAGGAGAGAAAAUUAAAUCAGGAAAUUUUGAAAAAAUUGACAAAUGAAUUCUCUUUAAAUGAAAGAGUUGUGCAUGAAAAUAAUAGAUCAUUAAUUCAAAUCUUUACUGCAGGGUUAGGGCUAGGUUUUUCAUUUGCAACUUUUAUAUAUACAAUUAAUAUCUUGAGAAUUAAUCAAUUGACAAUCAAUUUCAAAUUAUUAUUACCAAUUUGGGGCGGAUGGUUUUUAUUUCUUUUAAUCGCUUGGCUUUAUAUGAUAGAUUGCUUCAUUUGGCAUAGAUGUGGUAUCAAUUAUAGAUUUAUCAUGUUGGGUGAAAUCCAUACUUCUCAUGGUACAAGAUUCUUUAAUAAUGAUUUUGCUACAAGUUUUAUCCCCAUUAAAAUUUAUUUUUUAAAUUUUUUCACUUUACCUUUUUCAAUUUUAAUGUUGAAAUCUUUUGAAAAUAAUCAGUUAAACCCAUAUUUCCCAAUCUAUAUCAUUAUGACUCUGUUACUAUUCAUUUGUCCCAAUGGUAUCAUACCAUAUUGGGAUAAACUAGUACAAUCAAGAAAACAUAUUUUAAUUGGUAUGAUUAGAUUAGUCAUGUCGGGAUUUUUCCCCGUAGAAUUUGCUGAUUUCUUUUGGGGUGUCAUCUUUUGUUCAUUAGGUUAUUCACUUGGUAGUCUUGGUAUGAUUUAUUGUGUUUAUUCAAAUGAUAAUGGAAGAGAUCUUUGUGGUGUUACACAUAACAGUAGUAUAGCGGCCUUGGUCUGUUUACCUAACUUUUGGAGAUGUAUGCAAUGUAUUAGAAGAUAUGGUGAUUCAAAACAAUGGUUUCCUCAUAUUCCAAACGCAAUUAAAUAUUUCAUCGGUGUGGUUUCUACAGCUGCAUUCUGUGCUUAUAGAUUAGGGAAUUAUGGUGGUAGUUUCACCGCUUUCUUCAUUUGGUCUUCCGUUAUAAAUUCCAUUUAUGUUUCAAUUUGGGAUUUAUUAAUGGAUUGCACUUUUUUCCAACCAAACUCGAAAAAUUGGUUAUUAAGAGAUGAUUUAUAUUUAGCAGGUUCUAAACAUUGUGUCACUGGAGAAUAUUCUUUGAAAAAAAAAUGGGUUUAUUACGCAUUUAUUAUCUUUGAUGUUGUUAUUAGAUUCCAAUGGGUCUUUUAUGUUGUGGCUUCUCAUGAAUUACAAUUAAGUUCAAUCUCAUCUUUCAUCCUAGCAACAACUGAGAUAUUAAGAAGAUUUGUUUGGGUUAUAUUCCGUGUGGAAAAUGAACAUGUGGCAAAUGUAAAAUUAUGUAGAGUCACAGGUGAAGCUCCAUUGCCUUAUCCAAAUAUUUCUUCACAAAUGCAUCAAUCUUCUUCUCAUGAAACAAGUACCCCUCCAGAUAUUUUGAUUAACGAUGUAGAAAAUAAUUUAUCAUCUUCUAAUCAUUCAAUAAGUUCACAAGCAUUAAGUGAAUGUAGUACCAUCUCUUCAGAUAUGGUAUCACAUAUUCCAAUCCCAAUUAAUAGUUUAAACGAUCCACAAGCUAUUACUUCUGGAAGCAUGGCAAGAUCAAUUACCUGGGCUCAUACAAGUGAUUUCCAAAGACCUCGAGCUUUCUCCUCAAAUAAAUAUCAAGAAUUGAAUAAAAAAGAAUAA